AUGCUGAAGGGCACUAACAAGCCCUGCUGUCUGUUUAUGCUCGUUACCUCUAACGUCGUCGAGGACGGAGACGUCGAGAUGACCGUGCCACAGCCAGUGUACGAGUUCAUCUGUGCCCCACCGCUGGCCAAGUCGGAGCAAGGAGCUCUGAUCCCCUGGUACCGUGACUGGAAUCACUACCAGGACAAGAUUACCAACGCUGUGUUGUAA